UUAGGGCCGAAGUAAUUUGGAUAGAUUGUCCCAAGAGUUUAUAAUUUACUGUAAAUAUUGGAAACUGAGAGAGAUUAUAUUUAAAAAAAUUUUACACAUAAAAAAACAUAUUGUUUAUACUUAUACCACCUAAAAUGUAUGGUAGAUCACACCUCGUAUCAAGGAAAACAAUCAGCACUAAUCCGGUUUCAUUACAAGUCAGAACUCUCUCUCUCUCUCUCUCUCUCUCUCAAUUUUACUUGCAGGUUUAGUGAUGGAACCGCAGCUGCUACAUGGGACUAUGGACGCAACCAUUAUUCUUUCGGGGUUCCAAAAUAUCGAGAAGCUUAUCAUGUAUAUAGAAAGCGGUGAUCGUGUGGAGGACACCGGUCGUAAAGCGGACCAUAGGGGAUUCUAUGCAGCCAUUUAUCUGGAUGGAAUGCUCAUGAGAAUAAGCAGGCGUAUAAAUAUACAAGAUUGUGUCAACCUAAAUACUAAUAUCAGGUGGCAGGAGAAGUUUUACUUUCAUUGUGCCCAUAAGGCUCAUCACAUCAUUUUCAGCAUCCACCUUAACGAACCGCAAACUAUGGGUUCAAGUGAUUCAAUUGCAAAAGCAAAACUGCCCGCUCGGCGGUUCAUCGAUGGUGGUCGAUAUGAAGGGACGCUUUCUCUUAAUAAUUUUUAUCAACUUCGGAUGAACGUGAAGGUGCAGUUUUCUGCUGCUACACGGCUGCAAGAAGUCACCGAAAGUAGUGUAUUUGGUGAAGUUCCUCGCACGUUCUUCCGACAGAGGAACGGAUGCAAGGCUACUCUUUACCAAGACGCUCAUGUCCCAAAUGAUUUUGCUCCAAGAAUAUUGCUUAAUGGAGUUGAGACUUACGAGGCUCAAAGAUGCUGGGAGGACAUGUUUGAUGCAAUCAAUAAAGCGAAAAAGUUCAUAUAUAUUGCUGGCUGGUCUUUGGAGACUGAUAUAACCCUCAUAAGGGAUACAAGUAGUAUUCUAAGUGACGAAAUAAAUACACGACUUGGUGAGCUGCUCCAGAGAAAGGCACAGGAACCUCAGGAUGUGAAGGUCCUACUGCUUCUUUGGGAGGAUCUAACAAACAUUUCGUCUGGCAGUGGUGGCCACAUGAAAACUUUCUGCAAAAAAACCCGAGAGUAUUUUCGGGGCAGUGGUGUUCACUGUGUUUUAUGCUCUCGUCCUCUUGGAUACUCUCAUCACCAAAAAAUUGUGGUGGUGGAUAGUGAUUUUCCCGGUGAUAAUGACAGAAGAAGAAUAGUGAGUUUUAUUGGGGGUUUCGAUCUCUCUCAUGGUAGAUACGAUACUCCAACCCAUUCACUUUUUAGAACCUUGAAUGCUGAACACAGUCAAGAUUUUCACCAACCCUGCUUUCCCGGCUCUUCAAUAGAAAAAGGUGGUCCAAGGGAACCGUGGCAUGACGUGCACUGUAAGCUUGAAGGCCCUGUUGUGAAGGAUGUUUACGACACCUUUGUGGAGAGAUGUAUGAAGGAAGGUAUUAAAGAGGGAAUACUUUUUCCGAAACAAGAAUUUGAAAAUGUCAUUGAUCACUCCUGCGACGUAAAAGAUGCUGACAUGUGGAAUGUUCAAUUAUUCAGAUCUAUUGAUGAUUCAACUACUUGUGGGUUACCAAACACUCCUGAAGGUUUUGCCGGAGCUGGUCUUGUUAGAAGGAACGGUAGAAUCAUAGAUCGUAGCAUUCAAGAUGCCUAUAUUGAUGCUAUUAGGCGUGCAGAAAGAUUCAUUUAUAUUGAGAAUCAGUAUUUUGUAGGAAGUGGUUUUGACUGGAAAGAUGACUAUGGCAACAAAAUUGAUCACGUGGAUUGUUUGAAUCUCAUUCCAAAGGAGAUUUCACUUAAAAUUGUUAGCAAGAUUAAAGCUAAGCAAGACUUCGCUGUGUAUGUUGUGGUUCCAAUGUGGCCAGAGCCUUCCCCAUAUGAUUCUUAUGUUAAGCGAAUUUUGUAUUACCAGAGGAGGACAAUGGAGAUGAUGUACAAGGACAUUACUCAAGCACUCAAUAGGGAGAACAAAACUGAAGAAGAUCUUAAAAGAUAUUUGUCUUUCUUCUGUCUUGGAAACCGAGAGAAGGAGGAUGAGAGGAAAGAAGAGGAGGAGCAGAAGGAGAAUAAAGAUAAUGAUUACAUGAACGCGCAAAAAGCUAGGCGAUUCAUGAUUUAUGUGCAUUCGAAGAUGAUGAUAGUGGAUGAUAAAUACAUAAUCAUUGGAUCUGCUAAUAUGAACGAGAGAUCAAUGAAUGGUGGAAGAGACACCGAAAUUGCUAUGGGAGCUUAUCAACCCAUUGUGACUAAGCCUGGUGGUGAUGCUACUGCAACUGCAACGGGUGAGAUCCGUGAUUUUCGCAAAUCACUUUGGUACGAGCACCUUAACGUGCAAGAUCACAGAUUCCUCGAGCCUGAAAAAGAAGAUUGCAUUAGAAGGGUGAACGAACUUGCUCAAGGAAAUUGGAACGCGUAUUCUUCUUCAACUGUGACUGACCUUUCUGGUCACCUGCUCUGCUAUCCUGUUAAAAUUUCUGCCAAUAAUGGAACUAUCACAGAGCUUCCAGGAUCUCUUGGUUUCUUUCCGGACACUAAGGCCCGUGUUCUACCUGAUAAAAGCCCUGGUGGACUGAUAAAUGAGAAGUGCUAGAAUACUCAGCAUCAAGAAUUCAAGAUAUAAGCGGGGUUAUGAUAGUCUUUUCAUUCGGUAUUCUCUUUGCUGUUUUUGUUUUCGUCUCUGGAUUUUCACAAACAAUCGAAGUAUUUAACUGCAGCAAAUUUAUUGGUGUUUGUCUGACUAACAUUUUGUACGAGUUUUUCUAUUUUUAGCUUAA